CCAUGCUUCUCGUAGCGAGAAGGACACGUCUGUUCAGWAGAGCAAUAAGAUCUGUUCUUUCACGAAACAGGAAYUSUCCUACAACGCAUUUAAAACUACAUUCGAGACUUCUUGUGGCUAUGUCAAGCAACGAUCAAAAUACCGUGCCAAAUGACCAUUCAGUCGAGCAACAACUUGGCCCAGAUGGAAAACCACUGUCCAAAAAGGCUCUGAAAAAGCUAGAGAAGGAAAAAGAGAAGGAGAAGAAGAAAUCAGAGCGAGAAGCACAACGAGCAGCAGAAGUUGCAGCUCAAGAUGCUGAUGAUUAUGCAAAAGACCGAUAUUGUGUCCUACCUUUACUGCAGUCCAGUGAGAAGACCUCUAAAAAAUGGACAAAGGUUCAAAAUCUGAAUGAGGAUUUAGCAGGGAAGCAAGUAUUGAUACGGGCUCGCCUCCAUACCUCAAGAGGAACAGGCAAACAAUGUUUCAUCACUCUACGAGACAGGCAGUACACAAUCCAGGCUAUUUGUGCUGUCAGUGACACUGUCAGUAAACCAAUGGUGAAGUUCGCAACUGCAAUUAACAAGGAGUCUAUCAUAGAUGUUGAAGGAGAAGUGAAAAAAGUUGAUCAAAAGAUCAAAAGCUGUAGUCAACAAGAUGUGGAAAUUUGUGUAUCAAAGCUGUUUGUUGUAAGCAUGUCAGAGCCACGUCUUCCAUUACAAAUAGAAGAUGCAUCAAGACCUGAAACUGAUGAGCUGGCACAUGUCAAUCAAGACACAAGACUAGACAACAGGAUUAUUGAUUUACGAACAAUUCCUAAUCAAGCCAUCUUUAGUAUUGAGGCWGGUGUUUGCAAAUUGUUCAGAGAAUUCUUGGACUCAAGAGGAUUUCAUGAAGUUCAUACUCCUAAGAUUAUUUCAGCUGCAAGUGAAGGUGGUGCAAAUGUAUUUGAGGUCUCCUACUUUAAGGGAAAAGCAUACCUUGCUCAAUCUCCACAGCUYUACAAACAGAUGGUUCUUGCUGCUGACUUUGACCGUGUUUACACUAUUGGAUCAGUGUUUCGUGCUGAAGAUAGCAACACUCAUCGACAUUUAUGUGAGUUUAUUGGACUUGACGUGGAGAUGACAUUCUAUGAACAUUAUCAUGAGGUGAUUCAUACUAUUGGGGACAUGUUUAACUCCAUCUUCAAGGGUCUACAGGAAAGAUAUGCUGAUGAUAUUGCAAAAGUCCAGAAACAAUAUCCAAGUGAACCUUUCAAGUUUGUAGAACCAAGUUUGGUUCUCAAAUAUCAUGAAGGUGUGGACAUGCUAAGAGAAGCUGGUGUUGAGAUGGAAUAUGAUGAAGAUUUAAGUACACCAAACGAAAAACUGUUGGGUAAACUAGUKAAACAAAAGUAUGACACUGACUUCUUCAUCCUGGACAAGUAUCCAUUGUGUGUGCGCCCAUUCUAUACCAUGCCAGACCCAUUCAACCCUGAACUGAGUAAUUCAUAUGACAUGUUCAUGAGAGGMGAGGAAGUUCUUUCAGGUGCUCAGCGUAUCCAUGACCCAGAAAUGUUAACAGAAAGAGCCAAGCAUCAUGGCAUUGAGCUAGAACAGAUCAAGGCAUAUAUUGAUUCCUUCCGAUAUGGUGCCCCACCCCAUGCUGGAGGWGGAAUAGGUCUUGCAAGAGUGGUUAUGCUGUACCUUAAUUUACAUAACAUCAGAAAGUCCUCUAUGUUUCCACGUGAUCCWAAACGUGUUACUCCUUGAGAGGCAGUACAUUUUAUUUGUUAAAAUAAAUGCAAUCAUUCCAUUUGCAAUUGUCAGUAAUAAAAUCCAAUCCUCAAUCUA